AUGACGAAAAAGAGCAAUAAGAGUAAUAAGGUAUCUACUUUACUGAAACCUUCACAGAAGGAUUUUAUCUUGACUAUUGAUAGUGACUCGGAGGGCGAAAAUGAAAUACCUGAUCUAGAAGAAGAAUCCGAGGUGGAUCAAGAGUUGAAGGAAGAGGAAAAGCCAAAACCAAAGCCAAAGUCUAAAAAAAGCAAGAAGAAUAAAGAUGUCAACAAUGAUCAAGAAAAAACGGAAGAACAAGAAGAAAUAAACCCUAAUUUUACAUUUUCGUUAGAUGGAUUUGAAACUAGUACAGCAUUCGACGGAUGGGAUUUUAAAGUAGAAUCCAAUGGCGAUGUAACAAAGAAGUCUAUAAGCAGAGAUGUAGAUUUAGAUGGUAUCUUGAGAAGGAAAGGUGGUUUGGCGAACUUAGCUGGGUCUGACGUUAAGGUUGAUGAGAAAAACGAAGAAGUGGAGUCCGAAGAAGACGAAGAGGAUGAAGAGGACGAAGAGGACGAACAAGAAGGUGAUGAUGAUGACGAUGAUGAAUUAGCGCUCGAUGGGUUCGGAAUGAGCGCUACUGAAGCAUCUGCAAAUGUUAACGAUGAAGAACCUGAAGAACCUGAAGAUGACGAUGAAGGAGUUGAAGCCGAUAUGGACAAGGAAUAUCCAGGUUCCGAUGAAGAAGAGGAAAAGCCUAUUGAAGAUACUGCCGAAGAUAUGGCCGAAUUUUAUGCUGAUGAAGAAGAAGCAACUACUGCAAAAAAACAACUCCAUACUACCUUCCAAAGUUUACAAUUAUCACGUCCUGUUUUAAAGGGUUUAUCACAGUUGGGAUAUACUAAACCAUCACCAAUUCAAUCAGCCUGUAUUCCAAUAGCUUUACUUGGUAAGGAUAUAGUUGCUGGUGCCGUUACAGGUUCUGGUAAGACUGCUGCAUAUAUGAUUCCAAUAAUUGAACGAUUGUUAUAUAAGCCUGCUAAAAUUUCUUCAACCAGAGUUAUUGUAUUGGCCCCAACAAGAGAGUUGGCAAUUCAAGUUUGUGACGUUGGUAAGAAAAUAGGACAAUUUGUUAAUAAUUUGAAUUUCGGAUUAGCAGUAGGUGGUCUUAAUUUAAGGCAACAAGAACAACAAUUGAAAACCAGACCUGAUAUAGUCAUCGCUACACCAGGUAGAUUAAUUGAUCAUAUUAGAAAUUCCCCAUCAUUUUCGAUUGAUUCUCUUGAAGUUUUGGUAAUUGAUGAAGCUGAUCGUAUGUUAGAUGAAGGAUUUCAAGCUGAAUUAACAGAAAUUUUAUCCUUAAUUCCAAAACAUAAAAGACAGACCUUAUUGUAUUCUGCUACAAUGAAUACAAAAAUUCAAGAUUUAAUUCAAUUAUCUUUGCAGAAACCAGUGCGUGUGAUGAUCGAUCCACCUAAAUCUGCAGCCAUUAAGUUAGUUCAAGAGUUUGUUCGUAUUCGUAAGAGAGAUCACUUAAAGCCAGCGUUAUUAUUCCAAUUGAUAAAAAGUGUUGAUCCAAGUCAACAAAAUCGUAUUGUCGUUUUCGUUGCGAGAAAAGAAUCUGCGCACAAAUUAAGAAUUAUUCUAGGUCUUUUGGGUAUGAGAGUCUCCGAAUUGCAUGGUUCUUUGACCCAAGAGCAGCGUCUUGCUAGUGUUAAUGACUUUAAAAAUUUAACUGUUCCAGUUUUGAUUUGUACUGAUUUGGCUGCAAGAGGUUUAGAUAUUCCAAAAAUUGAAAUUGUUAUUAAUUAUGAUAUGCCAAAAACUCACGAAAUUUAUUUGCAUAGAGUUGGUAGAACAGCAAGAGCUGGAAGAGAAGGUAAAUCCAUUACAUUUGUGGGUGAAUCUACUCAAGACAGAGCAAUUGUUAAGGAUGCAAUUAAAUCUAUAAGUGAAGAACAAGCAAGGAACUCAAAGCAAGGCAAAGCCGUUUCUCGUAACGUUGACUGGAAAGAGGUCGAAGAAUUGAAUAAAAUAGUUGAAUCCAAAGCGACUGUGAUAGAAGAGGUGUUAGACGAAGAAAAGCAAGCAAAGGAAAUAUUACAUGCAGAAAUGGAAUUAUCUAAGGCCACUAAUAUGAUCAAACAUGAAAAGGAAAUUCAAUCACGUCCAAGGCGUACAUGGUUCGAAUCCGAAAAGAAUAAGAAGCAUCAAACCGAGGUUAUGCAUCAAUUAACGAAACAUGGUAAGAAAGUCAAUUCCCAUAAGAGGAAAGCGAUUGAAGAUAAGAAAGAGAACGCUUCGAGGUCUUAUAAGAAGACCAAGCAAGACAGGAUGAGUGUACAGAAAAAACCAAAAUCAAAUGGUAAAAAUAAGAAAUAA